AUGGUGCACGACGAGGAGAAGAGCUACAACAACACCCACACCAAGGGCGGCAAGUACGAGGACGAGGGCACCGUCACGGUUGCCGAGCCGUCCGAUGACUACUAUGACCCUAGCAAGGAGAGCCUCGCGACGCGCAUGGGCCUCACGUUUGAGAGCUUCAAGCGCGCGCCGGGCAGUACCCGUGGCCUCGUCGCCCACGGUGACAUCCCGCCCGAGCUGCAGGCACACGACAACCCGCAGCUGCAGCAGAAGAUGAAGCCGCGCCACCUGCAGAUGAUUGCCGUCGGCGGGUCGAUCGGCACAGGUCUGUUUGUCGGCUCGGGCGGCGCGCUCUCGCGCGGCGGCCCCGCCGGUGUCCUCAUCGCCUGGAUCAGCAUGGGCGUCAUGCUCAUCAACGUCACCCAGGCCCUCGGUGAAAUGGCUAUUCUGUACCCCGUCUCGGGCGGCUUCUACACGCUCGCCUCGCGCAUGCUCGACCCCUCGUUCGCCUUCGCCAUGGGCUGGAACUAUGUCUUCCAGUGGCUCACCAUCCUCCCGCUCGAAAUUACGGUUGCUGGCAACACGGUGCAGUACUGGAACACGCCGGUGCCACUCGGCGCAUGGAUCACCAUCUUCUACAUCCUGACCAUUCUCAUCUGCGUGCUCGGUACACUAGGCUACGCCGAGGAAGAGUUCUGGUCGUCGUGCCUCAAGCUCGUCGUAGUCGUCAUCUUCAUCAUCAUCGGCAUCGUGUGCAUCGCUGGUGGCGGCCCCAAGAGCGGCUCGUACGGCGAGUACGUCGGCGGCAGGUACUGGAAGAACCCCGGCGCCUUCGCGCACGGCUUCAAGGGUGUGUGUUCCGUCUUCGUGACUGCCGCCUUCUCGUUCGCCGGCACCGAGCUCGUGGGCCUUGCUGCCACCGAGACGCCCAACCCCCGCCAGACGAUGCCCUCGGCCGUCAAGAACACCUUCUGGCGCAUCACCCUCAUCUACAUCACCUCGCUCACCAUCAUCGGCCUUGCCCUCCCCUACGACGAGCCCCUCCUCAAGGUCGGCUCGGGUGCCCAGGCCUCGCCCUUCGUCAUUGUCAUGAAGAACGCUGGGAUCAACGGUCUCGACCACCUUGUCAACAUCACCAUCUGCAUCUCGGUCCUUUCGAUCGGUCUCUCGGCCGUCUACGCCGGCAGCCGUACCCUCACUGCUCUCGCCGAGACGGGCUACGCCCCCCGCUUCUUCGCCUACGUCGACAAGGCUGGUCGCCCUCUCUGGUCGGUCGUCCUCCUCCUCGCUACCGGCCCGCUCGCGUACAUCAACCUCGCCGACGUCGGCUCGCAGGUGUUCGACUGGCUCCUCGCCCUCUCGGGUCUGUCCACCCUCUUCACCUGGCUCGCCAUCUGCAUCACCCACAUCCGCUUCCGCCGCGCCUGGAAGGUCCAGGGCCACUCGGUCGAGGAGCUCCCCUUCCAGGCCCUCGGUGGCAUCUACGGCUCGUACCUCGGCUCGACGCUCAUCGUCCUCAUCAUCAUCGCCCAGUUCUACAUUGCCGUCUGGCCCCUCGGCCCCACCCCGCACGGAGGCAAGGCCGCCGAGGUCUUCUUCCUCUCGUUCCUCGCUGCCCCCAUCGUCCUCGCCUUCUGGAUCUUCGGAUACUUCUGGAAGCGCGGUCUCCCCCGCAAGGCCAAGGACAUUGACCUCGACACUGGCCGCAAGAGCUGGCUCACCGUCGAGGAGAUGCGCGCGUGGCGUGCUGAGCGCAGGAAUGCGCCUUGGUACGUUCGUAUCUACCGCAUCCUCUUCUCCAACUAG